AUGUUUUUCGUCACCUCUUCAUAUCAGAUGGAAUCCAUUGACUCCAACGGCAAAUCGACCACAGCGUCCACAGCGGCCACUAAUGCCAGCACUAAUGUGACCACAAAUGCCACCACUUUGGCCAACGCAACGCCCACCGCCUCCAGAGCCCAGUCGGCGCCCGUGAAGGCAACGCCAGCCACACCUCCGCCGGCAAACUCUGGCGCAAACUUUGAGGAGUUGUUUAAAAUAUUCGCCAAAUUCGGUGACCCGAAGGGUGUCGGCGAUUGUAUUACGCUAUCGAACAGCGAUAAGUGGUUCAAACAGGCGAAGGUUAUUGACGGCAAAAAGAUCACUACAGUUGAUACCGGAAUAUACUUCAAGCAAAUCGCUAAAACGAAGAGAUCGUUGUCUAUACAGGAAUACAACCAAUUCCUCGAAUGCAUCGCCAAAAACAAAAAAUUGGAUUCCGAAGAGAUUAAGCAUAAGUUGGCGAGUAGUAGUCCACCCUCUACCACCAAAACUACGACUGCAGUGACUUCGGGAGCCGUCGGUCGACUAACAGAUCACACCAAAUACACGGGUUCUCACAAACAGAGGUUUGAUGAGACCGGCAAAGGAAGGGGUAAAGCCGGUCGCGUAGACAUCCCUAAAACCAGUGGAUAUGUGACCGGAUAUAAGGAAGAAAGUCAAUGAACAAAACACAUUCAUUGCAAUAAUAUAUACUUAAUUGUACACUAAAUACGAUAUUAUAUUGUGUUUUAUCAUCACAAGAUUUUGUUGUCAAAAUGAUCAUAUAAUAGCCAUCAUAAUUAUCUUUCGCCAUAAUAUCUAUAGAUUUUGUUAGAUUUUCAAAGAUUUAUUGUAAUAAGAAAUAGAUAUUCAGUCAAAUUCAAUAUUCCCUUUAAUUAAGACUAUAUUAUUUGAGUAUGGUUAAUUUUGAUUUGAAAACCAUAUACAGAAGUAAUAUUAAUAUUUUGAAAGGUUUUGCAGAUUUUUCAAAUAACUUUAUAAU